CCGGCUUGUUUCUCUUCGUUUCUCCUGUGUUUCUGUCGCUGAAAAACACUCUGAAGUGAAAGAAUGGACAACGUAGGAGAGGAUGAACCGGACCCAAUAAAGCUCAAGUCCAUUAAGAAUAAUAAAACAUUCACAGUGCCUCAAAACGACAGGUUUGGGAGCUGCAGAAGCGUCAGGGAGUUCGAGAAACUCAAUCGUAUAGGAGAAGGAACCUACGGCAUUGUUUAUCGAGCUCGCGACACCAAGUCUGAUGAAAUUGUUGCACUUAAGAAGGUCCGGAUGGACAAAGAGAAAGAUGGGGUCCCUAUCAGUAGUCUCAGAGAGAUCACCCUGCUGCUGAGACUGAGACAUCCCAACAUAGUGGAGCUGAAGGAGGUGGUCGUGGGCACCCAGCUGGAGAGUCUGUUUCUGGUGAUGAGUUACUGUGAACAGGAUCUGGCCAGCCUGCUGGAAAACAUGCAAACACCAUUCUCUGAGGCUCAGGUGAAGUGUAUUAUCCUUCAGUUGCUCCGAGGUUUAGAGUAUCUCCAUCACAACUUCAUCAUACACCGGGACCUGAAGGUGUCUAAUCUGCUGAUGACAGACAAAGGCUGCGUUAAGAUCGCUGAUUUUGGGUUAGCCCGGAUGUAUGGCAUCCCCCAGCAGCCCAUGACGCCCAGAGUAGUGACGCUGUGGUACAGAGCUCCAGAGCUCCUCCUAGGGAGCAAGACCCAGACUACAGCACUGGAUAUGUGGGCGGUGGGCUGUAUCCUGGCUGAGCUCCUGGCCCACAAACCUCUACUGCCCGGAACCUCCGAGAUCCAGCAAGUGGACCUGAUAGUCCAGCUGCUGGGAACACCCAACGAGAACAUCUGGCCGGGUUUCACCAGGCUGCCCCUCAUUGGUCAGUACAGUCUGAGGAAGCAGCCGUACAACAACCUGAAGAAUAAAUUCACCUGGCUGUCUGAUGCCGGACACAGAUUGCUCAACCUGCUCUUCAUGUACAACCCACAGCGCAGAGCUACCGCCAAAGACAGUUUGGAGAGUUCCUACUUUAAAGAGAAACCACUGCCCUGUGAACCGGAGCUGAUGCCAACCUUCCCCCACCACCGCAACAAACGGGCUGCUCCUCCCCUUGAGAGCCACUCCAAACGGAGCAAAGUGUGAUGAAGGUGCUGAUGAGAGUACAUUUGACUCCAACACGAGCGGAAGUGACAUUCUUAGUAAUGUGCAGUCAGACGGGGUAAACUCUGCUUUCUUUUCACACUGCAUACAGUGGCAGCAUGGAUCCACUCAUGAGGAGGUUUUACUGUGAAGGGUGGAGAUUAACACCCUGCUGGACUCAAGUAUGACCACUGCAUAUGAACAUUAUUAUUUAAAAAGGUUUUAAUUACAAAAUCUGUGUAGAUACAUUGCUUUUCAUAAUUUUGUACCAGUUUCUAGAAGUUUCUCAAUAUUCAUGUUGCUGCCAAGGUCUGUAUACUAGAGUCUAUAGUCAUGCUAGCAGCUCCGUGAGGCUCCACAAUGAGCUAAAUGCUAGCAUGCUCACAAUGACAUUACUAACAUGCUAAUAUUUAGCAGGUUUAAGUCCAGUUUCUCAGACAGAGAUUAAAACUAGUCCUUGACUAAAGACAAGAUUCAGUGGAAAUAUUCAUUAGAAAUAAAUCUAGUCCAAGACUAGAUUUGUUUCUAAUGAAUGUUUCUCAAUGGC